AUGGACUUCAAGGUCCCUCAAACGCUACCUCAAGACUUGCUACUCAUACAAGAAUGGGUUAAAGCGUCCCAACCUCCCCCAAACGAGAAGGGAGAGGCUACACUUCCGCCUCAGGAUACCUCGGAGGUCGAUGAUGACAUCAAAAGCUCAGACAUUGAAGACGAGAGCGACGUCGACAGUGAAGACGAAAUUGCGGCUGUCCUAACGAAAGGUGGUGCUAUGGACGACGAUGAGCGGCCAAAAGGCGUGCAGUCAGUUUCAGAACCUUCAGACACAAGCUCAGAAUCAGUCUCGGAUUCAGACUCGGAAUCAGAUUCAGACGAAGAAGAGGGAGAAGUUGGCCGUGAUACCCACAUACAACAGGAUUUGGAUGAUGAUGAAGAUCCUGUCCCAGCUCCUACCUCUGGCACAUACUUCCAAACCAAACAUGAAAUUGCAGAAGCCGAUAUCACUAUCCCCGAAGUGGAUGAAGUCGGGGAGCAUGAGGUCCUGGAGAAAGUCGGAGAGGUGAUGAAUAUCAUUGACCGCGUCGCUAUCGUUCGUGGGCUUCCGUCUCAAAUCGCGAAUCGAGGCUCAGACCGCGCGUUGGACUCGGAUACGUUAUUGGUUUUCAACGACAGAAAGGUUAUGGGCUACAUCUACGAAACGUUUGGACCAACAAUGCAACCCCUCUAUCAAGUCAAUUUCAACUCGUCAUUUCCGUUGGAUCCCGAGCGUGUGAGGGUGGGCAGAGAAGUGUUCCACGUUCCCGCACAGAGCCAUUUCGUGUUCGUCAGCCAAAUAAAGGCGAUGAAAGGCAGCGACGCCAGCAAUGUUCAUGACGAAGAACCAGCGGAAGAUGAACUGGAGUUUUCAGACGACGAGGCGGAAGCUGCGCACAGAUCACGUCUAAAACGCAAACGUGGGGACUCGAGAGCGCGUUCUGUGGCGUCCUCACGAGCAUCUAUUCCCAACCCAACCCUUAUGAGGGACCAAGACCUUGUGGACGAAACCUUCUUCAGCAGAAACGCGUACGACGAGCAUGGACCUUAUGAUAUCGACUAUGCCACCGCAGGGCCCUCAUCACGGCCUGCGCCAAUGCCGUAUGAUGAUCCAUAUGGUGAGGCAUACACUGCUCCGGACGUAGCAGAGAGAGAAGCCCGUUCUGAGGUUGCUUCGAGCUCGCAUAAGCAAUCCUUCGACCGGGCUCCGAAGCAAUACGAUCGCCGGCCGUAUGAUCGCCCAGAGGGCACAGGCCGUGGUGAAUGGCGAGGCGGAAGAGGUAGAGACCGUGACAGGGAUAGAGGUGGCCGCCGAGAUCGUGGAAGAGGCCAUGGAACAAGAGGACGAGGACGAGGUUCGCAGCGCUAUGGAAGCGAAAGACCUCCAGAAACGUUUGAAGACGGCCAUAAUUCAAGAGAGGCCCGGUCGAUGUCUCCUACCUCUCUCGCUAUUGCUCGUGCGACAGGACAAGGAGGUUAUUCCCAGUCGAAUCAACAACACUACCAGUAUUCCUACCCUGAAACAAACUCUGAGGCAUGGGGCUAUGGACAGGCAUCCUCGCAAGAAGGUCAAUCGUUCCAACAACAGCAAUUCGAUUUAGCACAGCACGAUUACCGGUCUUAUGGGCAAGGGGCCAUGCAGCCUAUGCCGUUCGUCCAGCCGCAUAUCAAUCCCCGGUUUGCAUCUGCGUUCGGAUUGUCGCUUCCAUUUCAACAGCAGCAAGCAUACUCGCCGUCAACAACGACAUUGGCUGCACACUCACCAUCCGCUAUGGCGAAGUGGAAUGACGAAUGGCUAGGUCCUGCCGAGCAACGUUCCUCCUCUGCAACAGAGGAACCUAAAAAUAGCACCCAGUAG